UUUCUUUAAGUGCAUGAUUAAAUUAACAGUGUUUUUACAGCAUGUAAAACCGCCCACUCAACUUGACCUUUUUCAAGGUACUUCCUAUAUGGGCGCUUCUCUGGGCACACGUUUUCACUUGGCAAAUAGUGCAGUGGAAAAUAUGCAGUAAAAAGAGGAAACGCUGAAAUGCAAACGAAGUUGGCCAAAAACGAAACUCAACUACGUGACGAACGGAAGACGAAUAGCCAUGCAGAGAAAGCCGAGAAAAAUCAGUCAAAAUGCGACACAAAUUAAAUAAGAACAUUCUGUCACUGACGUUAGUGCAGAUCGCAACAGAAAACUGAAGCUCUGCAAUUGGAGUACGAAAGUGUGACAAGAGGAUCGAGUGGAUAUAUAAUUUAUUUCAGAACUUAGUGAUAUUGCCGCCAUAUGUUAAUGAACUGAACACAAUGGGUUUGAUUUCGAGCUGGGGGCAACUUUUGCUGGUGUUGCUUUUCGUUGUGGGCCUAUCGUUGGGUCUUCCGAGCUUGGAAAAUCAGACGCACGAACAAAUCGAACAGAUAAUAGCCUGCAGACAGCCCAAGGCACCUGGUUUGUGUCGAGGUCACCAGUUGCGAUAUGCCUACAAUAAGAAGACCGGGAACUGCGAGAGCUUCAUCUACACGGGCUGUGCCUCCACUGAGAACAAUUUCCUGACCUUCGAGGAGUGUCGCCGGGAUUGCAUGCAACGUCUGCGUUACUGAAGUCCUUUUUAACGAUGCUUAAUAUAUAUUUGAUGUCACAGAAA